UGCUACUCUAGCUUCAUCGGAGAAGAAUCUGUUGCAGCUGGAGAGGGCAGCAUUUUGACAGAUAACCCCACAUGGAUUAUAGACCCUAUUGACGGAACUACCAACUUCGUACACAGGUUUCCAUUUGUGGCAGUUUCAAUUGGCUUUGUUGUAAACAAAAAGAUAGAGUUUGGAAUUGUGUACAGUUGUGUGGAAGACAAGAUGUAUACUGCCAGAAAAGGAAAAGGUGCAUUUUGCAAUGGUCAGAAACUUCAAGUAUCAGGCCAAGAAGACAUUACAAAAUCCCUUUUAGUGACAGAAUUGGGAUCAAAUCGUGAUCCAGAGACUAUAAAAAUAAUUCUAUCUAACAUGGAAAGACUUCUCAGUAUUCCUAUUCAUGGGAUUAGAGCCGUUGGUACAGCAGCUGUGAACAUGUGCCUUGUGGCAACGGGUGGAGCUGAUGCCUAUUAUGAAAUGGGGAUUCACUGCUGGGAUAUGGCAGGGGCUGGAAUCAUUAUUACUGAAGCAGGCGGAGUACUGCUAGAUGUAUCCGGUGGACCAUUUGAUUUGAUGUCUCGAAGAAUAAUUGCAGCAAGUAGUCGAGCUAUAGGAGAGAGAAUAGCCAAAGCACUUCAAAUAAUUCCUCUGAAAAGGGAUGAUGCAACUAACUGA